GGAGGCUCGGACGUCACUUCCUGCUUCCCAGCACCAAGGAGGAAGCGGAGGGGUCGCUUCUGGCGCUGCAGGGUGACUCCUAAGCAGAAGAACAAUACGGGAGCCUCAGGAAUUGGACAACAGUGUGAUACACCCAACGCCUGUUUGAUCAGUUCCCCUUUCAGGUCUUAGCGGAUUGAGAAAGAAAACUGAGAUGUAUCAGCGAAAGGCACCAGACCUUCAUGUGGGAACUGCCCUGAACCAAGGAGUGAAGGUGGAGGAAGAUUCAGCGGAUCCAGAACCAGAAGUAGGAGCAGGAAAUGGCUGUUCCACCAUCCGGACCAGCCACAGAAAGGAAUGUUUGGAAGGCAUUGCCCUUGCCUCUGUGGGUUUGGCACCCCCCACCGAUCUGAAAGAGCAAUGGGACGCCCAGUGGCAGCAGUUCCUGAAGACGAUGGAAGCCCCCAAGCUGAAGGGGAGCCACUCCGAAGGGCCCGCAGGAAGUUGCCCCAGUCGGGCUGUUAUUCUGUCCACCUGUGAGGAAGCCUGUAGUGUCAGCCAAGCCCAGCCAAGAGAGAUUGUUCCCCAGGUCCCUUACGGCUCCUCGGAAGAGGCCCAUGGGCCCCCAGGCAGGACAGGGAGCAACAGGGUAGUGAAAGAGGAGACCCCAAACACGGAAGAGGGCAAGGAAAGGAACCUUGUCGAGGGCUUCAGGGAGCUCUGCUAUGAGGAGACGGAGGGGCCCCGGAAAGUUUGUGGAAAGCUCCGUGAGCUGUGCUAUCAGUGGCUGGAACCGGAGAGGCACAGCAAGGAGGAGAUCCUGGAGCUGGUGAUCCUGGAGCAGUUUCUGACCAUCCUGCCCUGGGAGAUGCAGAAGUGGGUCAAGAGGGGUCAUCCGGAGACCUGCUCUGUGGCAGUGACUCUUGCCGAGGAGUUCCUGCAGCAUCAAGAUCCUGGAAGAUGGGAGCCCCCAAUGGGCAGGAGUGUCAAUGAGGAAUCAGUCCCGUUCCCAGAAGUAGAGCAGGCGAGGUUGGAGUCUGGGCAGGAGCCGCUUUUGAAAAAAAUCAAGCAGGAGGAUGACUGUAUCUUGAUUGCAGACGAUGGAAAGGCAGCCAUGGAAGAGCAGCACCAGCCAGAAAGGUCUAUAGAGGUGGAGUCAUCUAGGCAGUGUUUCAGAAAGGCCCAACGGGGUGACGAGGCUUCUCUGAAUCAGAAAUGUAAUGACCCAGAGAAGAGGAAGGACAAAAGCUCAUAUCCUUUGAGAACAUAUGAGAAUAGAAUUAAAAGCAAAGUCUUCCAAACCGUCCUGAUACAGCCUGAAGAUCCCGGGAGAUGGGAGCCCCCGAUUUGCAGAACUUUUGAAGAGGAAUCAGCCCAAUUUCCAGAAGCAGAAGAGGCUGACUCAGAGUCCGGGAAGGAGCUGCUUUUCAAAGAAAUCAAGCAGGACAGCCAUUGUUUAUUGAUCGGUAAGAACCCCAUAUUCCUUAGCUCAAGAGCAGGAUAUGUCUAG